AUGUCUCAAGAAAGCGAAUCAAAUACUUCCUUAGCUGACCCAAAUGCAGUAGAAAACAAAUACGAGGAUGAGAAGCCUUUAGACGUGCAAGAACCCCAACAUCAUGAAAGGGAUACAAAUCACAAACCAUUAGCAUCUUUCGCCGGUAUAAUUAUUAUGUGUAUUUUGAUUGCCUUUGGUGGUUUCGUGUUUGGUUUUGAUACCGGUACCAUUUCUGGUUUCAUAAAUAUGAGUGAUUUCCAAAGAAGAUUUGGUCAAAGAAAUGCUGAAGGUGAGUACUACUUUUCAAACGUUAGAACAGGUUUGAUGGUUGGUUUGUUCAAUGCUGGGUGUGCUUUAGGAUGUCUUUUCAUGUCCAAACUUGGUGACAUGUAUGGACGUAGAAUUGGUAUUAUGACUGCUAUGGUUCUUUAUAUUGUUGGUUUGAUUGUGCAAAUAUCUUCAUCACACAAAUGGUAUCAACUUACUGUUGGUAGAAUAUUGACAGGUGUCGCUGUUGGUUGUUUAUCUGUCUUGUGUCCUUUGUUCAUUUCUGAAGUUUCACCCAAACAUUUGAGGGGUACCUUGGUUUGUUGUUUCCAGUUGAUGAUCACAUUGGGCAUCUUUUUAGGAUACUGUACAACUUAUGGUACCAAGCAAUACUCGGACGAUGUGCAAUGGAGAGUACCAUUAGGUUUGUGUUUCGCUUGGGCAUUGUUCAUGAUUGCAGGAUUGAUUCCUAUGCCCGAAUCACCACGUUAUCUUAUUGGUAAAGACAAGAUUGAAGACGCAAAGAAAGCUUUAGCCAAGGUUAACAAAACAUCACCGGAAGAUCCUGAAAUUUACGAAGAAUUGCAAUUAAUUCAAGCCGGUGUUGAAAGAGAAAAAUUGGCUGGUAGUGCUGGUUGGACAACUUUGAUUACUGGUAAACCAAGAAUAUUCGAGAGGGUUUUGGUUGGUGCCAUGUUGCAAGCAUUGCAACAAUUAACCGGUAAUAAUUACUUUUUCUAUUACAGUACCACCAUUUUCAAAGCUGUUGGAUUGGACGAUUCAUUUGAAACAUCCAUUGUUAUUGGUGUCAUCAACUUUGCCUCCACUUUCUUAGGUAUCUACCUUAUUGAGAAAUUAGGUAGAAGAGUUUGUCUUUUGAUUGGUUCUGUUGCUAUGUCCGUUUGUUUCCUUAUCUACGCAUUGGUUGGUACUCAGCAUCUUUACUACCACGGAUUCAGUGGGCCUACUAGACACCCAGAUGGAGAUGCUAUGAUUUUUAUCACUUCCCUUUACAUUUUCUUCUUUGCUUCGACAUGGGCAGGUGGUGUUUACUCAAUUGUUUCUGAAAUUUAUCCAUUGAAAGUUAGAUCAAAGGCUAUGGGUGUUGCUAAUGCUGCUAAUUGGAUCUUUGGAUUUUUGAUAUCAUUUUUCACUUCUUUCAUCACAAGUGCAAUUCAUUUUUACUAUGGUUUUGUUUUCUUUGGAUGUUUGUUGUUCUCCAUCUUCUUUGUUUAUUUCGCCGUUUACGAAACCAAAGGUCUUACAUUAGAAGAAGUGGACGAAUUGUAUGCAAGUGGUGUAUUAGCUUGGAAAUCUGCUGGUUGGGUUCCUCCAACUCAAGAGGAAAUGGCUACUUCUACAGGGUAUGCGGCAUAUGCCAAGCCAGAAGAAGAACAUGUAUGA